AUGGAUACCACAACUGAAAACACCACUGCAACUAUCAAUCCUACCACCACAGCUACCACAACGGAUACCACCACUGCAAAAACCACUGCAACUACCACAACAGCUACCACAAUGGAUACCACAACUGAAAACACCACUGCAACUAACACUCCUACCACCACAGCCACCACAACGGAUACCACAACUGAAAACACCACUACAACUACCACUCCUACCACCACAGCUACCACAACUGAUACCACACCUGAAAACACCACUGCAAUUACCACUCCUACCACCACAGGUACCACAACGGAUACCACAACUGCAAACACCAAUGCAACUACCACUCCUACCACCACAGCUACCACUACGGAUACCACAAAUGAAAACACCACUGAAACUACCACUCCUACCUCCACAGCUACCAAAAUGGAUACCACAACUGCAAACACCACAGCAUCUACCACCACGGCUAUCACAACGGAUACCACAACUGCAAACACCACUGCAACUACGACUCCUAAUACCACAGCUACCACAACGGAAACCACAACUGAAAACAUGACUGAAACUACCACUCCUACCACCACAGCAACCACAACGGAUACCAAAUCUGCAAACACCACUGUAACUACCACCACAUCUACCCCAACAGAAACCACAACUGCAAACACCACUGCAACUACCACUCCUACCACCACAGCUACCACAACGGAUACCACAACUGAAAACACCACUGCAACUACCACUCCUACCACAACAGCUACCACAACGGAUACCACAAAUACAAACACCACUGCAACUACCACUCCUACCACAACAGCUACCACAACGGAUACCACAACUGAAAACACCACUGCAACUACCACCAAUCUACCAACACAGAUACCACAACUGCAAACACCACUGCAAUUACCACUCCUACCACCACAGCUACCACAACGGAUACCACAACUGAAAAAACCACUAAAACUACCUCUAUAA